AAUUGGGGCUAUCAAGUGGGCCACGUUGCUGAUCUACACGUGACUGGAAAUUCUGUACUUAGUUUUACCUCGGUAGUUACUUGA